GAAGAGUGGUGAUAUAAGUGUGGACGAGUUAGGAGAUCAUUUGUACAAAUAUUUGUAUGGAAGGAAGUAUUUUAUCGUACUAGACGAUAUGUGGAAUAUUGAGUCAUGGGAUGGAGUUAGGAGAUUUUUCCCGGAUAAUAAAAAUGGGAGUAGAAUAGUAGUGACAACAAGGCUAUCAAACUUAGCAUCUCAAUUUAACUACUCCAGUGGUCUUGAUCUGAAAUUUUUGGAUAAGUAUGCUAGUUGGGACCUAUUUUGCAAAACUGUGUUCGGGGAAGAAGCUUGCCCUCUUGAGUUGGAGGAUGUUGGGAAAAAGAUUGUGGAAGGUUGUAAGGGACUUCCAUUGUCAGUUGCUGUGAUAGGGGGACUCUUAUCAAAGUCUGAACGAACAAAAGAAAGUUGGGGACUGUUUGAAAAAAAUAUAAGUUCAAUUGUGAAUUUGGAUAAGGAUGAGAGUUGCUUGCAAGUACUAUACAUGAGUUAUAAUAACUUGCCAAUUCAUUUAAAACCAUGUUUUCUCUUUAUGGGAAAAUAUUUUGAAGAUGAAGUGAUUUCGAACAAUGAGUUCAUCUUAUCCUCUAUUGCCGAGGGAUUUGUAAAAUUAAUUAAUGGGAAAAGUGUGGAAGAGGCAGCAGAAGAGUAUGUAGAAGAACUUAUUGAUAGAAAUAUGCUUAUAGUUGAAACUCGCUAUUACGGGAAACUAAUAUCAUUCAAAAUGCAUGACCUGUUGAGGGAUAUAUGUUUGAGAGAAGCAAAAAAAUUGAAGUUUUUAUGGGUGUUAGAAGAGCGGAGCAUUCCAGAAGACAUAAAUUCUCAACGUCGUGUCAUAGGCAGGUCAAGUGUAAGAGAGUAUCCAACUCCACUCCUUCAAUCCUUGGAAUCGGUGCCCCUUCUCCGAACUUUAUAUGUGGAUUAUAUAAAGAGUUUAUCAUAUAGUUUUAGAUUGUUGAGGGUAGUUAUUUUAAAGAAAUACUCAGAGGAAGAAGAUAGUCAUGAUUAUUAUGAGGAGAUUCUCCGUGGGCUAGUUAACUUGCGUAUUCUUGCCAUAGAUGUUAAGGAGCUUCCAUUACCUUCUUCGGUCUAUUUUUUCUGGAAUUUACAGACACUGAUAUUAGAUAAUGUCGGUAUGGAUUUCGUUUGUGAGAUUUGGAAGAUGCCUCAACUUAGGUUUGUCGUAACCCUUGAAGGGAGACUCGAUGGUGCAUAUUGUCUCCCCGAUUCUUUCACUGACAAAGAGGAUAUGGUGUUGAAAAACCUAGACACACUUCUUACGGUGUCCAAUCUCAAGUUUGGGGAGGGGGUGCUCAAAAGAAUUCCCAAUAUCAAGCAAUUGGGGCUAUGCUAUGAAAGAAAAGUGAACACCUUAGGAGAAGACUCCUCAGAAGAAGAAGAUAAUUACUACCAUCUCAACAAUGUUUGUUUCCUCCACAAACUUGAACAUCUUCAGCUGCGGUGUUCUUCACAGCACACCCACAUCAUACGGCAAGUCAGCUUCCCGCAUUCCCUCAAGAUUUUGAUACUGGAAAAAACCUAUCUACCUUGGGAAGACAUGAAGACAAAAAUAGGUGUGUUGCCCCAUCUUCAAGUUCUCGAGCUGCAUGAAGAUUCAUUUGUUGGGUCUGAGUGGGAAACAGAGGAAGACCAAUUCUCGAAUCUCAAGUUCUUGAUGAUUGAGCUAUGUGAUGUAGAGUGUUGGAUCACAGACAGCACCCACUUUCCACGCCUUGAGCACCUUCAUCUUUGUUAUCUACCAAGGUUAAGAGAGAUUCCUUCAUGCAUCGGAGACAUACCAACACUUCACUCAAUUAAGGUGGAAGAUUACAGUGAUUCAGUGGUGGAUUCAGUCAAAAUAAUAAAGGAGGAGCAACAUGAACUCGGCAAUGAAGACCUUGACAUCAUUAUUAGAAGAUGAUUUUGUUAGAUCAACACUGGCCCAUUAUAGAAGCAUAUUGGUUGCUCAACUUAUUUAGAUGAAGGUUACCCAAUUUUGAAGUAAUUACCAAAAUAUCUUUGCAGAAAUUGCUCUACAUAUCAGGUCUGGUUAUAGAAGGAGAAGAUGCAUGUCUAAAAAAAAGGAUAAUAUGAUCCAAGUUGUGUUUGUUUGCUAUUUUUUUUUUACUUAGUACUAUUGUCUUUACCAUCCAAGACUCCAAGCAUUGUAUUCAUUUCUAGAUUGACAACAUUUCUGCAACUUACUUUGAUUUUGUGGAUUGAUUUAUUGUGUU